CUUCCGGGAGGAGCCGCAGCGGCUGGUGUGAGGGAGCGCGGCGCCGAGCAGGAUGUUGGUGUUAGUAUUAGGAGAUCUUCACAUUCCACAUCGAUGCAACAGCCUCCCAGCCAAAUUCAAAAAACUGCUGGUUCCAGGAAAGAUCCAACACAUCCUCUGCACAGGAAACCUCUGCACCAAGGACACUUAUGACUACCUCAAGACUCUGGCUGGGGAUGUUCAUGUUGUCAGAGGGGACUUCGAUGAGAACCUGAAUUAUCCUGAACAGAAAGUUGUAACUGUUGGACAGUUCAAAAUUGGGCUGAUUCACGGCCAUCAGGUUAUUCCUUGGGGUGACAUGGCCAGCCUGGCUCUGCUACAAAGGCAAUUUGAUGUGGACAUCCUAAUUUCAGGACAUACACACAAAUUUGAGGCAUUUGAACAUGAAAACAAGUUCUAUAUCAAUCCAGGAUCAGCUACAGGAGCCUAUCAUGCCUUAGAGAACAACAUCAUUCCUUCCUUUGUGCUGAUGGAUAUCCAGGCUUCUACAGUAGUUACAUAUGUCUAUCAACUAAUUGGAGAUGAUGUGAAAGUAGAAAGAAUUGAGUACAAAAAAUCUUAAAAAUGUUUUUGCUUGUCUGGUAUUUUUACCAUCUCAUUCUGAACUGCAAGUUACUACAAUACUUGAUUGCUAGUUUACAGUACUGCACUUACUCACUAACAGCUUAACAAUGUAGCUUAUUGGUAAUAACUUUAAAACAACAUUGUGUUUGCUUUUCUCUGUUUGAAUUGAUUUGUAAAAUAUUCCAUUAAAAUAACUGUUUAAAUACUGUUCCUUAAUGUUGUAAUAAACUCCACUUCAUAGAAAAACUAAGCUUUAUGAACUGUUGUUGGGAAAAAAAUGCAACAGUUGUAGUUGCUUUUAAAAUGCCUGAUGUUCUGGUUUGGUGACUUACUUCUAAAGGAUACUUGCAAAAGGCUUGAACAAAAAGAUUGAAGGCUCCGGGGCCAUGUUGUGUUUGCUUUAGAAUGCAGUUGAUAUUUAAUUUUCUCAAUUUAACAUUCCCAAUUAAGUUAAAAUAAUAAAAUGGAUGGAUUGAUUCUGAAAAUAUUAUAGUUAACUCAUAACUUAGAUAGUAAUUUCACUGUAGAAAGUUUAACUUUAGUCUUUUUAUAAUCAAAGCAGUUUCAAAUACUACUAUGCUUUAAUGGAUGAUGGUCUCAUUAAAUCUAUGAACAGUGAAGAGAGGCUUUCCUUUAUUUAUGGCUUAUAUCUGACACUACAUGUAUACACACUUUGCUCCAUGUACAGAGGCUUUAAAUAAUGUAAUUCUGUAUGACACUCAUACUACUACUGAAGACUAAACCAUGGGUUGUUCAAGAAGACCGGACCUUUUGGCUCCCUGUUCUCAUGACUGCAGGGAACUGAAUGUAUUUUAACAGCUCCCAUUUCUCAUAACUGCUAACUUUCCAAUAAAAACAGAGUUUUAUCUUU